GCAAUUAUUUCAAUACUGCGACAUCGAGUAUUCCACGUUCGCCGCACACGGCUACUCUCAAUAGUUUUGUUUUCUUCUGUGAGAAAACGCUCCCCCUCCGUUCAGCGCUCUUCACAGUCCGAGGAGUUCAAAAGAGGCGCUUUUCUUAAUAAUAGUAAACACACGAGUGUUGUAUUCUUCGCAUAGCCCUUCGCCACGCAUAGCUCACCUUUUUGUAUUGCUAGCUUCCUUGGUGUAACAGGAGUGCCUCGCCAUGCCAAACCUUCUCCGUCUUGUCACCUCCACGAGCAGCUACCUGGCGGGGGCGGAAGCUCAGCAGCAGCAAAAUCAACAUCAUCACUUCGGCCUCUUCUCUGGCCACCACCGGCACCACGCCUCCGCCAGCCCAAUCGGCACUUACCCCUCAGACAAUAACCACAGCCAGCGUCACAGCAGUCAGGGAACGGCCUCUCCGCCGGUUUCGUCCGCCCCGGGCGAUGCGACGAAUAGCGCUUCGCAUAGUCACACCGGCAGCGCACGCCAUGCCGCCUACCCGGAGGCGCUGCCGUCGGCUCUGAGUGCCCGCUUCACCGGUCCUGCGCUGGGGACGGCGGUGAUGGACGAGAGCAUGAUACCCCUGGAGGAUGCUGCCAUUUUGUUUGAGAUGGUCACCCCCGAGAGCACCCCGCUGCUGCAGUCGCGUGUAAAAGAACGCUUUGAGGCCGCCAUCGACGAGGUGGUGGAGCGACGCCGGCAGGCCGCCUGUGAACGCGCUCGGCGAGAGCAGCAGCCGGGUAUAAGCAGCAAUGAUGAGGGCAACUCGGAAGCGGUGUCAGUGGAGCCACAGGGGGGCAACGACACCUUCGGCUUCUUCACAAUAGAUAGUUCUGUUGCCUCUCCUGCAAGAUCGGCUAACACCGCGCCGCAUCAGCGUCGGCGUCGUGUGGUGGGCGAAGGGGGGUACUUCGUUUUCACGGACAGCUACCUCAGCGCCUACCCGAACUCCGUGGUGACGGGCGUCACAAGCGAAUUGCAGCUCACCGCGGCGCCAGGAGACAUCUCACCGUUUCACCACCGUGCGACGGGGCCCGGUUCGGAGAAGCAACAUCUGCAAGAGGUGAAGGAUUACAUCCGUGAGGCGGAGCACGAGUACCGGCCCUUGUUUCGCCGUCGCACCUCGGCGAAGGUGUACGGCCGUGGCCAAUACCUGCGCUCCAGCCCCCCAGACUUGGCGAGUAAUGAGGUGUACUACGCGGCGUCGCUUAGUGAUAAAAACUAG